GCAGGCAACCUCCUCCCGAGCAACAGCCCCAGGGGCUACCGGCAAGCGGCCCCCUGAGGGAACGCGGCGAGGGCGGGAAACGCCGGCCCCGGAGGGCAGGGGCGACCGCGCAUGCGCCUGGGCGGACGGUGCCUCGCCCCCCCCACCUCCGCUGGGCACCGCCCCCCCGCAGGCGCGCGCUGUUGGAGCCAGAUCCUCUACCCGCCGGUUCCCGCCGCCGCAGCCGCUGCCGCCCCUUCCUGCUCCUGCUCCUCGCCCUGUCUCGUCCCCGCCACCAUGAUCGGGCAGAAGACGCUUCACUCCUUCUUCAGCGCCGCGCCGGCCAAGAAGCGCGGCCGGUCCCCGGAGGCGAACGGCGAUGCUGAGGUCAGCGCCGCCAAGAAGGCGAAAGCGGCGGGAGAAGAGACGGGCAAAGCCUCGCCGCUGAGCCCGGAGCAGCUGGAGCGGAUCCGCAAGAACAAAGAGGCGGCGUUGCAGCGGCUGGCCGAGCGGAGCGCACCCCCGGGCUUCGGCGAGAGCUGGAGGCGGCAGCUGGGCGAGGAGUUUUCUAAGCCUUACUUCAUGGAGCUGAUGGCGUUUGUGGCAGAAGAGAGGAAACGCUACACGGUCUACCCGCCCCCCGAGCAAGUCUUCACCUGGACGCAGAUGUGCGACAUCAGGGAUGUGAAGGUUGUCAUUUUGGGACAAGAUCCAUAUCAUGGACCUAAUCAAGCCCAUGGGCUCUGUUUCAGUGUCCAAAAGCCUGUUCCACCUCCCCCCAGUUUAGAAAAUAUUUACAGAGAACUGUCAAUGGAUAUUGAGGACUUCACUCAUCCUGGUCAUGGUGAUCUAACUGGCUGGGCCAAGCAAGGAGUGCUCCUACUCAAUGCCGUCCUCACGGUGCGAGCUCACCAGGCCACGUCCCACAAGGAGAGAGGCUGGGAGCAGUUCACAGAUGUGGUGGUGUCCUGGCUCAACAAGAACUUGCAUGGUGUUGUCUUCAUGCUGUGGGGAGCCUACGCCCAGAAAAAAGGCAGCUCCAUUGACAGGAAACGCCACCACGUCCUGCAGACGGUUCAUCCCUCACCUCUCUCUGUCAAUAGAGGGUUUUUCGGCUGUCGGCAUUUCUCAAAGACAAAUGAAUUGCUCAAGAAAUCCGGCAAGAAGCCCAUUGACUGGCGAGCGCUCUGAGCUGCGCACAGAAGCUUGUUGGGUCUAAUGGUUGGAAACAGCCCCCGUUUCAGGGGUUGUCUUGUUUCUGAAAAACUUUUUCUGACCUGAGAAUUACUCUUUGGAUGUUGAUCAAGGAACAAGUGACCAAACUUUCAGAGAUGUUACAUUUUUUUAAAAUGCUUUUUAAAGAGCAUGUUGGAGUGUUAGAUGGACAGCUUUUCUACUGUUUUGAACAGGUCUCAGCCUAGUUUGAGGCAAACUUAAAAAAAACCUACCAGAGUUCUCUAUUAAUUUGUAUCUGUGUUGUAAUGGGAAUAGAUUUUCAGGCUAUUGUGAAGGGAUGUCAAUUCUUACAGGUGAAGCUGUUUAGCUUUUGUAAAUAUCCUGCUGUGCUUCCUCCCACUACUUUGCCUCCUACUGUAUAAAUCUAUAUUUCGUAUUUGGGGGGAUGUGGAGCUGACUCUAUGGGAGAAAAGGCAAAUGCUUUUGGUUUUGGCUUUUUGCUACAGAUUACAAGAUUUAUUAGAAAUAUGGCCUCUUGGAACUGUAAAGAUCAUACACUGUCAGAAGUGUUACUUAGUGUAUCUGUACUCCCAAGAUUUUGGGGUAAAUCCCCCCCCAGGCUGCUGAGAGGAGACUGUGACCAAGGAUCUGGUCGUGCUCUGAGCUUUUUCUUGUCAUUUAGAGAAGAAAACAAUAUGCUUUUAGAUUCUUACUGGGUGUAUUAAUCACUUCUGAUUGAUGACAGGUGAAGCUGUAAUGACUGUCAACUUUGUGGUACCUGACAGUGGCAGUAAGAGAGGGUUUGUUCAUCAAGAUCUGCCAACUGACAGGCCAAAGGUUGUAAAUUAUUUAAGAUCUUAAAACAGAGUGAGUUUUGUGCUUUGCCUUCAUAGGAGCAAAUUGAGGUUUCUAGCCACUGUUGAAAAUAGCUGUUGGGACUUCUGGAACAAAGAUGAGGUUGGACUUCGCUUCUGGGUCUCCAGUCCAUCUUGACUUAAAUUUAAUGGAAGUGCCUUGUUUGUUUGGAAAUGACAUGUUUUUUUUAUAGAAUACCUCUGUAAAACUUUCUUUGGUAUUUGCUCCAAUAGGUAACACUAGUGCAAGUGAAGUUGACACUUGCUGUGGCUGUGUUUGUAUUUUUGUUUGUUGGGGUUGUUUUGUGUUUUUUUUUUUCCUGCUCCCCACCAAACUGCGUUUUAAAUAAAAAUUCCUUUGUUUAC